GACACGGAAAUUCGUGAAUUGAAGUCCACCGUGGAUCAACUACGGAACGACAUGACCAAAAUUCGGACAACACAGCUCACUCCAACCGGUUUACAUCCAAGACCUCCACGAUCAACAUCAUGUCGUGCGAUACCGGACAAUCUAAGACAACAUGAGUCACAUGAAACACUGAGUUUGAACAGUUUAACUAGCGGAGCAAGCUCUGGUCUACCUGACUGCAACAGUAUACGAACGCAGUCACCGGGACCUGAUCUUCUGACGCGUCACAGUCCUUCACCGACCUCGGACGGCGAGCGAACCCCAGGGAAGCGUUCGCGUUGGAUCCGUCCUGGUCUGGGGAGAGCAUUCAAGAAACGAUCGAAGAGCAGUAUGAAUCCUGGCGAGCGAUCAACAGCCCACGUGGAACCGCAUCACCGAGAAAGCGUUCCAACCGCCACAGUAUGCAGCAAUCCGGGGAUCACACGAAAUCUGUUACCCCCGGGUCCGGACCAUUUCACUCAUCGUAUGACAAGUCCUUCACCACAGACGACGGACCACAUGAAUGAUCAAUCCGCACAAAGCCUACUUCAUCGAAUGCGAUGGGAGCUCAGUUGCCUGGAGGCGGACAACAAGCGUUUACGUCGAUUAAUCCUAAACGCUCCUGAACUGAUAGAUCCACCUGAUUCCGCACAAGCACAUAAUCAGAAUGUGGUCACUUUGACCGGAGACCAGAUUGUGCAUAUCUAUGUGGAAUUGGAGCCAUCCCCGUUUCGAAAUGCAUUUAUGAAGUUGCAAAGUAAUUCGGAUGUGACUAGCUCACCCAAACCGACUCGGAACGAGUCUGGCAGUAACAAGCUGAUGAAAAUCGGUUGUGUCGGUGUUAGACAGACGGACGGUGGUACCAGUAGCGCCGGUUGGCAAGAGUUGGAUGAAAAAAUCGGCUAUCUUUUGCAGGUCACUUUUCACUUUGACUAUCGCAAAGCGUCCUCGGUUCAGGAACCCCUGGUGCCGUCGAAAGAAAACGAAGCAGACACGUCAACAGCUACGGAACCCGCAAAUGGAACGGAAGUGGAAAUGGAUGUACCAGAAGUUGAUGAUUCCACACCAGAUUUGCUUGUUGCCACAUGUUUUGGAAACGGUGUACAAAAUAUAGGUCGAACAGUUCGUUAA